UUUCAAUUCUUAAUUCACAAGGAAUCAACCUGAUAAACCCCCUCCCCCAUGCUUCUUCUUCCAUUGAGAGAGAGAGAGAAAAAGAUGUAUGUGACAAGGCCACUUUCGAUGUACAGGAAAUCUCCGAGCACCCUUUCAAUGGAGCCACCUGAUGCUCCAUAUUCAGGUUAUCUUGUAAUUACUGAUGAAGAGGCAGAAGCAGAAGAUUCAUUUUGUUGGGGUAGAUGCAAGCGUAAGAAUGUUAAGAAGUUGCCAUUCCCUCAAGAUAAGAUCCUCACCAUUCUUCAUUCAACCGAGUAUGGAGAAACAACAGCCACCAAGGUUUGGUUUCUCCCAGUUCUUGAUAAGCCUCUGUCUUCCAACCGCUACUAUGUCAUCAGGGCUAAAGGCAAGUACAAAGGGAAAGCAUGCAAAUGUUCAAGAGAGGAGGAUGUCAUGGCAUGUUGCUUCAGUAACAUGUUGAUGGAGAAAAAACCAAAAUCUUUUGAUCUCAAAGACCUUUACCAACAAUUCAAGAUUCAUAGCCAUCAAAGCGGUGGCUUCUUUGCCAAGUCUAUAGCACCUGAUGGCAUCCCUCCAAAGCCUCUAAGAAGAAAGGGAUGGAAAGUUCGCAGCUCAAGUAGUUUACGUCGAUUAGGUGAAGCUCUAGGCCUUGACACCUCACUCCGAGCACUUCUCCCGGAUUUCAAUUUUCCUAUUUUAAGAAAACGUUCAGCUUCUGUUGUUGUGGGGAAAUGGUUCUGUCCAUUUAUAUUUGUGAGAGAGAAAGCAGGGCUAAAGCACCAAAUGAAGAAGUCAACGUUUUAUUCCAUGACUCUUGAGCAGAAGUGGGAAGAAAUUUACUCCUGCAGGAAUGUUGACAGCGAAGACAACGUUGUCAUUGUGAAUGUUGAUGUGCAAAGAGAAGUCACUUUAGUUGCUGGCAAGGAAGCCAGGAAGGAUGACAGAAAUGGUGAUAAUGGGUUCAUUUGGUUUAGAGUGGAUAACCCAAAUGGCAGGGGAGGAGUGCUGGGAGUGGGAUUAAGUUCAGCAAUUGUGGAGAAUAUUAGAUGGGUGGAAGAAGCAGGAGGGUGGGUUAAUGGGGCAGAAAGAGAAGUUAAGGUGGAGAGGGUAGAACAAAUUUCAGGUGAGACUGAGUGGGAAAGAUUUGGUUGUUAUGUGCUGGUGGAGAGUUUUGUUUUGAGGAGAAUGGAUGGAAGUCUGGUGAUGAAAUGGGAUUUUAGGCACACUAAUAGGAUUCAAUGCAAAUGGGAAUGCGAUUUGUGAAAAACUUCCUCACAUAUAUUGUACAAAAACUUGUAAACCUUUGUAACAAUGGAAUCCUAAUGAUUGUAAAACUUCUAAGAUGAUUUUAGUCCUUCUUAUAUCAUUGCUCUUUAAUUU